GAGACAUGAACAUCUCCAGCACAGUUACUUAGCUUGGCCAUCAAUCAAUCGAGGAAAACUAUGGCUACCCAUACAAAUCCUAAGCUUCCCAUUAUAGAGUUCACUGACGACAACAUGAGGGUGGGCACAACCUCAUGGCGAACAACCUCGUACGAGGUACGACGUGGCUUGGAAGAGUACGGCUGUUUCGCCGCCGUAUAUGACAAAGUCUCGUGGGAGCUCCGCGACGCCAUGUUCAAACAUUGUAAACACCUCUUUCAACUGCCCUUGGAAACUAAGCGCCGAAACACCAGCGAUAUCUACGGGUUUGGCUAUGCUGGGAACUUCGCCUCCAUGCCAUUAGCUGAGUAUUUUGGCAUUAAAGAUGGAGUCACGCCUGAAUCCACCAUGAAUUUCUCCAAACAGAUGUGGCCCGAUGCAGAUAAUACCCCUAAUUUCUGUGAAGAUACAACCUCGUACUCGAAACUGGUAUGGCAGUUGGAUCAAGUAGUGAUGCGAAUGGUACUAGAGAGCUAUGGAUUAGACAAGUACUUUGAUCCUUUGAUUCAAUCAUCGUCCUACCUCCUACGAUUCAUUAAGUAUCGAAUGCCAAAAUGGAAUGAAACCAAGACGGGCCAUAUACCCCACAGAGACAACUCCUUUAUGGCCAUCGUCGAUACAAAUCAAAUCGGAUGUUUAGAGAUGGAGACAAGAGAUGGUAAGUGGAUCAACUUCCAGCCCUCUUCUUCUAAGACAAUCGUCUUUAUCGCCGGCGAGGCCUUCAUGGCAUGGAGCAAUAGGAGGAUAUAUGCGCCAGUGCAUAGAGUGAUGAUGAAAGGGAGUGAAGAUAAGUAUACAGUGGCACUGUUCUCAUUCCUGCGAGGAACAGUGGAGAUACCAGAGGAGUUGGUGGACGACGACAACCCCUUGAAGUUUAAGCCAUUUGAUCACUUUGAAUUUCUCACGUUUUGUGCGAAUGGAGGAGGGAAAGAGGAGAGUCCCAUCAACGCCUUUUGUGGUGUUUAAUAAUAAUUUUAUUUUCAUAGUUCGUUUGUUGUCGGAUAAUAUGGUACGUCGUGUAUUACGUGAUGUAUGUUGUACUGUGGUUUAAUUUGAAUUUGUGUAGAUUUCAACGUUUGCAUCUUCGAUGA